CUUAAGCAAGUUGGACUAUUUACCAAUGUGUGUAUGACCGGCAGACAAAGUGUCCAGGCGAACAGCAUUUGAUCUCCCUCAAUACUGAGUCCCGUUUUUCUCCAAUAGCGGAGGACUGUUUUUUUUUAAAUAUUUUAAAUGACAUAUGGUGAUUGUGCUGGAGAUGUAAUCUAUGAAACAAAGGCAGAAGAAUUGAUUCCCUUUCUCCCUGUACCGAGAACUAUUGGAAGAGAUGUAUUUCUGAUCAUGGACUAAAGAAGAUGCCUUUGCCCUGUACAUCAAAACACAUGUUUUGGAUGCGCGAUUUGCAUACAGAGAUCUUUGUGGAUUAAUUUAAGGAAGAUGGAUAAUUUUUUCACGGUGGGCACCCGUGUGUGGUUACGUGAGGAAGAACAGUACCUCCCCAGCACUGUGUCCUCUUGCUCUGGAGGCGUGGUGGUUUUCACUACUGAAUAUGGACAGGUGUACACCUACAAGCAGAAUGCCCUCAACAGACAGAAAGUGCAGCCCAUGCACCUCAGCAGCUCAGGGGGAGUGGAGGAUAUGGCCACCCUGGAAGACCUUCACGACGGGGCCAUCUUGCACAACCUGUACCUCCGCUACCAGCAGAGGAACAUUUAUACAUACAUCGGCUCCAUCCUGGCUGCGGUGAACCCGUACCAGUCCAUCCCUGAACUGUACGACCGGACGGCAGUGGAGAAGUACAGCCGACACCACCUGGGCGAGAUUGCCCCGCACAUCUAUGCCGUGGCAAACGAGUGUUACUGCUCCCUAUGGAAGAGACUGCAGAACCAGUGUGUGUUAAUCAGCGGAGAGAGCGGAGCGGGAAAGACAGAGAGCACCAAGCUGAUCCUGAGGUUCCUGUCGGCUAUGAGUGAGCACUCCCUGGAGCUCUCCUCAACAGACAGGACGUCCCACGUGGAGGAGGACCUCCUGGAGAGCAGCCCAAUCAUGGAAGCCUUCGGCAACGCCAAGACCGUCUACAACAACAACUCUAGCCGCUUUGGGAAGUUUGUUCAACUGCACUUCUGUCAGAAGGGCAACAUCCAAGGCGGUAAAAUCGUGGACUACCUCCUAGAGAAGAAUCGAGUUGUUAGGCAGAAUCCAGGGGAAAGGAACUACCACAUCUUCUAUGCACUGCUGGCUGGAACCAAUGCAGAACAGAGGGAGGCCUUCAGUUUUUCCCAACCAGAGAACUACUACUACCUAAAGCAAUCUGGCUGUGUGGCAGACAAGUCAAUCAACGACAAAGACACUUUUCAGGAUGUACUGAAUGCAAUGCGGACCAUGCAGUUCACAGAGGAGAAUAUCCGGGAGAUCCUUCGGCUCCUGGCGGGAAUUCUUCAUGCCGGGAAUAUCGAGUUCAUGACGGCCGGAGGAGCUCAGGUCUCUUCCAAAACAGCACUGGGCAGGACAGCGGACCUCCUGGGACUGAACUCAGAACAACUGGCCGAGGUACUGACCCACAAGUCCAUGAUCCUAAGGGGUGAGGAGAUCUGCACGCCGCUCACCGUGGAACAGGCGGUGGAUUCCAGGGACUCCAUGGCGAUGGCACUUUAUUCCCAGUGUUUCACCUGGAUCAUCCGGAAACUCAACAACCGUAUCCGGGGGAAAGAGGACUUCAAAUCCAUUGGCAUCCUAGACAUAUUUGGAUUUGAGAAUUUCGAGGUCAACCGCUUUGAGCAGUUCAACAUUAACUAUGCAAACGAGAAACUUCAGGAAUACUUCAACAAGCACAUCUUCUCGCUGGAGCAACUUGAAUACAACAAGGAAGGGCUUGUAUGGGAGGACAUCAACUGGAUGGACAACGGUGAAUGUUUGGAUCUGAUUGAGAAGAAACUUGGUCUCCUGGCACUGAUGAACGAGGAGAGUCAUUUUCCCAAAGCCACUGACGGCACACUACUGGAGAAACUCCACAGCCAGCACUCGAAAAACCAAUUUUAUGUGAAGCCACGCGUUGCUGUGCACAACUUUGGCGUGAGACACUAUGCAGGCGAGGUGGUGUAUGACGUGAGGGGCAUUCUGGAGAAGAACCGAGACACUUUCAGGGAUGACAUCCUCAACCUGCUUAGAGAGAGCAGGUUGGACUUUGUGUACGACCUCUUUGAGCACGUCUCGAGCCGUAACAAGCAGGACACCCUCAAAUGCAGCACCAAGCACAGGAGACCCACCGUCAGUUCCCAGUUUAAGAAUUCCUUGCACUCACUGAUGGCCAACCUCAGUACUUCAAACCCAUUUUUUGUGCGAUGCAUCAAGCCAAACACUCACAAGAUGCCUGAGCAGUUUGACCAGACGGUGGUGCUGAACCAGCUCAGAUACUCAGGGAUGCUGGAGACGGUGAAGAUCCGCCGUACAGGCUUCCCCAUCAGGAGACCUUUCCAAGACUUCUGUACCAGGUACAAGGUGUUAAUGAGGACUGUGUCCACACCAGGAGACGCAAGGGGACGGUGCGUCCAGUUACUCCACCUCUACGACAGCACCAGUGCAGAAUGGGAGCUGGGGAAGACCAAGGUGUUUCUACGGGAGUCUCUGGAGCACAGGUUGGAGAAGCAGCGGGAGAUGGAGGUGCUGAAAGCAGCCAUGAUCAUCCAGGCUCACGUCAUGGGCUACAUGGCCAGGAAGCAGUACAGGAAGCUUCUGCAGUGCAUUGUGGUCAUUCAGAAGAACUACAGGGCGUUUUAUUGGAGGCGGAAGUUCUUGCUCCUGCGCUGGGCUGCUCUCACCUUCCAGAAAUGCCUGAGGGGCCAGUUGGCACGAAAGGUCUACUGCCAACUCCUGGAUGAGAGGAAGAUCAGGGAGGAGGAUAAGAGGAGGAGGAAGGUGGAAGAGCUGGAUAGGGAAAAACAGAGGCUGGAGGCUGAAUGGCUAGCACUAGAGGCAGAGGAAGCCAGGAAGAUUGAUGACCUGCAUCAGGCCCAAGAGCUAUACCUUCUGACUCAGACACAAACACAGACACAGACAAAUACACAGACACAACAAGCAACAUUGCCGGCAACCCAGGCAGUGCAGCAGCAGCUGGAUGACAUUUUCGAAGAGAUCUCCACGGAGGAGUUUUCCGUAGAGGCGGUGCGGCCCCAGGACGCAUCCCAGGACGCCUCGCAGGUGGAGGAGAUCCUACGUCUGGAGCGGGAGAUCCAGGAGCUCCAGCGGCAGAAGGAGCAGCAGGAGCUGUCCCUGACCGAGGCCUCCCUCCACCGGCUGCAGACCCUCCGUGACCAGGAGCUGCAGCGCCUGGAGGACGAGGCGUGCAAGGCCGCUCAGCAGUUCUUGGAGUCGCUCAACUUCGACGAGAUUGACGAGUGCGUGCGCAAUAUCGAGUGCUCGCUGGGCGUGGAGGAGGAGGAGAAGAUAGGCGGAGAGAGGGAUGAGGGCGAGGAGGAGGAGGUGGACGAAGGCUUUGGCGCCGACGAUGAGGCAUACAAAGACUCACCCAACCCCAGCGAGCACGGCCACUCGGACGGCCAGCGCACCAGUGGCAUCCGCACCAGCGACGACUCGUCCGAGGAGGACCCGUACGCUAAUGACAGAAUACAGAUCCCACUCCUGCCACCAAAUGUGCUACUCCACCAGCCGCUGCCCCUGCCGCCUCUGCUGCAAGCCUGCCACAGUGCCUCCUCUGGCGGGGACUCGGCCUACUGCCACCCCCAGGUUUCGGAGGCCCAGUCCGAGGAUCUGGUCGAGCUCAUUCCUCCGGACGAAGACUCGGACUAUGACCAGGACGACUAUGACGAGGGGGCCAUAGUGUCCAGUGGCAGCAUGGCAUUCUCACAACCCCACAAAGGGCAGUGGUCACCGGACUACCACGGCUCGGUGGGCACCUACAACAGCUCGGGGGCCUAUCGCUUCAGCUCAGAGGGGGCCCAAUCAUCGUUUGUGGACAGCGAGGACGACUUCAACAGGUUCGACACGGACGACGAGCUGUCCUACCGACGAGACUCGGUCUACAGCUGUGUCACACUGCCAUACUUCCACAGCUUCCUCCACAUCAAAGGUGGCCUGAUGAACACGUGGAAGCGGCGUUGGUGCGUGCUGAAGGACGAGACCUUCCUGUGGUUCCGCGCUAAGCAGGAGGCCCUGAAGCAGGGCUGGCUCCACAAGAAGGGUGGCGGCUCCUCGACACUGUCACGCCGCAACUGGAAGCGCCGCUGGUUCGUCCUGCGCCAGAGCAAGCUCAUGUACUUCGAGAAAGAUGGCGAGGACAAGAUGAAGGGCAUGCUGGACAUGCAUGCAGCCAAAGAGAUUGUGGACAACACUGGCAAGGAGAACGGAAUCGACAUCAUCAUGCCAGAGCGCACCUACCACCUUAUUGCUGAGACCGCUGAGGAUGCCAGUCAGUGGUUCAGCGUGCUCAGCCAGGUGCACACCUCCACAGAGCAAGAGAUCAGGGAGAUGCACGACGAACAAGCCAACCCCCAGAAUGCAGUGGGAACCCUCGAUGUUGGCUUGAUCGAUUCAGUCUGUGCGUCAGACAACCCUGAACGGCCCAACUCAUUUGUGAUGAUCACAGCUAACAGGGUGUUACACUGCAAUGCCGACACUCCUGAAGAGAUGCACCACUGGAUAACGUUGCUACAACGUUCCAAAGGAGACGCACGUGUGGAGGGACAGGAGUUCAUCAUCAGAGGCUGGCUCCACAAGGAGAUGAAGAACAGCAGCAGAGCCUCUCUGAAGCUGAAGAAGCGCUGGUUCCUACUCACCCACAACUCCCUGGACUACUAUAAAAGCUCGGAGCGCAACGCCCUCAAGCUGGGCACCCUGGUGCUCAACAGCCUGUGCUCAGUGGUGCAGCCUGACGAGAAGGUCUUCAAGGAGACAGGUUACUGGAACGUCACAGUUUACGGCCGGAAGCACUCGUACCGUCUCUACACCAAGCUGCUGAACGAGUCCACCCGCUGGGCCAGCGCCAUGCAGAACGUCAUCGACACCAAGGCCCCAAUCAACACUCCCACCCAGAAGCUCAUCCAGGACAUCAAGGAGAACUGUCUGAACUCCGAGGUGGUGGAGCAAAUCUAUAAGAGGAACCCCAUCCUGCGCUACAGUCACCACCCGCUCCACUCGCCACUGCUGCCUCUGCCCUACGGAGACAUCCACAUCAGCUCCCUGAGGAACAAGGGCUACACGACGCUCCAGGAUGAGGCACUCAAGAUGUUCAACUCGCUGCAGCACCUGGAGGGUGUUACCGACCCCAUGCCCAUCAUCCAGGGCGUGCUGCAGACGGGCCAGGAGCUGAGGCCCCUGAAGGACGAGCUCUACUGCCAGCUGGUCAAACAGACCACGCGCCCCCCACAGCCCUGCAGCCCUGGGAACCUGUGCAGCUGGAGGAUCCUGGCAUGCAUGUGCUGCACGUUCAUGCCGUCGCGCGGAAUCCUCAAGUACCUCAAGUUCCACUUCAAGAGGACUCGAGAGCUCUUCCCGGGCACGGAGAUAGAACGCUACGCCUCGUUCAGCCUGGACUCAUUGAGGAAGACGCGUGGCCGGGAGUACGUGCCCUCCCUGGAGGAGAUCCGGGCGGUGGUGGCGCGCCAGGAUAUGACCACCACAGUGUACUGCCAUGGCGGAGGCUCCUGCAAAAUCACAAUCAACUCUCACACCACCGCCGGAGAGGUGGUGGAGAAGCUGAUACGGGGCUUGGCCAUGGAGGACAGCAGGAACAUGUUCGCCCUGUUUGAGCACAAUGACACCACUGACAAAGCCAUUGAGAGCCGCACUGUGGUGGCUGACGUCCUUGCCAAGUUUGAAAAGCUCUCUGCAAGUCAAGAUGAGACCAAGACAGGCUGGAAGUUCUAUUUUAAGCUUUACUGCUUCUUAGACACAGAUAAUGUACCCAAGGACUGUGUUGAGUUUGCCUUCAUGUUUGAGCAGGCCCAUGAGGCGGUGAUCAGAGGCCAGUACCCAGCCCCGGAGGAGACCCUCCAGUUCUUGGCCGCCCUGAGACUACAAUACCUCCUCGGAGACUACAACCCCCAAGCUACCGUGCCCGAAAUGUCUCAGGUGUUCCCUAUGACUCGGUUGUGUGCCCGCAUCCAAAAUUCCAACAAGACUUUCUCCCCGGCCACUGGUUUGGGCAUGGGGUCAGUGGUGGACCGUUCCGAUGGAAACUCGGAGAAGAAGCGCUCCAGCUUCCUGGAGGGAACGCUAAGGCGUAGUUUCAGGAGCGGCUCAAUGAGCCGCCAGAAGCUGGAGGAGGAGAAUACGCUGGAGGCUUGGAUGAGGGAGGAGAUAGCUGCAGCACGAGCCAGCCUGGUGAACAAGUGGAAGAAGCUGCAGGGGAUGAACCAGGAGCAGGCCAUGGUGAAGUACAUGGCCCUGGUCAGAGAGUGGCCUGGCUAUGGAUCCACGCUCUUCGAAGUGGAGUCCUGUGACGGGGCCUUCCCAGUGGAGCUGUGGCUGGGGGUGAGCAGGGAGGCCAUCUCGGUGUAUAAGCGUGGCGAGCCCUGGCCCCUGGAGGUCUUCCCCUAUGAGCUCAUCCUUUCGUUUGGGGCCCCACUGCCAAACGCCUACAAGAUAGCCGUGGAGGGCCGCGAACUGCUCUUCGAGACCAGUCUGGUUAUGGACAUUGCCAAACUGAUGAAAGCAUACAUUAGCAUGAUCGUAAAAAAGCGCUACAGCAACUCCACAUCCAUCAGCAGCCACGGUAGCCAGUGUAGCACCUGGUGAGGUGUCGUCCAAGACCUUUCACCUUUCAUCACUUAGCAGAGGGCUGAGGGAGGUUGAGCCCUGCGACAGCCUUGUCAGGACACCUUCCCUCAAUGUUUUGGACAAACGUGAUUUUGAACACUCUGGGACAGAGAGACUUUCUCAUGGCUCUUAUUGCUAACCAGCUAGCUUUGUCUUUCUUAUGCUAAGGUGCUAACGUGCUACCAUUACAAGGGCUUUUGUUACAGGGUGAGACUAGUGUUACUGUGGUGGUUCCUAUGAGUGUGCAGAGUUGGGGCAUGGACAGUCAGAAUGUAUAAGGGCUCAAGGUAGAAGUUGUCCCUAACCACAGAUCUAGGAUCAGAUUAACCAACACCAAACCCCAGAUUUAAACAAAUCUGACCCUGGACCAGCGGUUAGGAGAAACUUCUACCAACUCAUGAGUACCAUGUUUGGUUCUUCUAAUGGAUGAAGGCUCAAUUGGACGCCCACUUCUAAGCUUUGGAAUACUCGGGGCCUGCCGAUUGUUAAGUAACCAUCUCUUUUAUUAUCAAUAAAUGUAAAUAUGCAACUCAGUACUCAAACUCUUUUCAAGUGGCAUCUUUAAAUAUAUAAUGAUUGUUGAAAGGAGAACAUUGACAGUGAUGUAAGGGUUAAACGUGCUUGAAAUAAACCCUUAAAAUAUCAGACUGCUUAGUGGCACCCCAUCCUUAUAGACGGUAAAUCAUUGGAAAUUAAUUGUUUGAUUUAAUUCAAUUCCCCCCUCCUGCAAAACAUUUGUUCAGCUUUCUGGUCUCUGGGUAUACCAAUUUUAUCAACUCAAGUUGUGUCAUCGAACAUGUCCAAGUAGGAAUGCAUGAUGAAUAUAUUUUGAUGGCAUACCUAAACCAGUGAGUGGUUGGCAUGAAUUUUUGAUUGACAAUUAGGCUAUUGUUGCUAGAAUAUUACUGUCAAAAUAGGGCUUCAGAAUUGGCAAUUCAUUCUGUUCAAUAGAGAAUAAUAUACUUUUGUGUACAAAUAGGCUAUCACACUUGGGGCUAAUCACUGAGGAAGGGGAAACUCGAAACCAAAACCCCAACAGUAGCCUACGGUUUCUUCUUGCGAUUGCAUUUUGAAAUGUUCAGCAACUAUUGCAUUUUUCUCUUCCCUUCUCUCAAUCUAGGCUACUCUGAGCACACAGGGAGAAACAGGGGCAGGGCAAACACUUUCAUGCAGGAAUCAAUAUUGUACUGUUUGACCAAAUCAGGGUUUUAGCUGCCCCCAAAAUAUAACGUUUUGAGUGAAGUGACCUGCUAGAAUCUGUAGAUUGCACGGACGCAACCACUUCAAAGCAUGGAAGUAUCAUUUCCACCUCUCCAGGGUGUCUACAAGGCCUAUGUUUCAGGCCUAGUGCUUAUUUGACUCAUGCUUAUUUAAAUCCUUAUAUACCUAACUUUUAAGAGUUGGGGAAAACAGGGCAGCGAGUCAUCAUGAGAUACUGUUGAAGAUUUUACUCACUGCCCGCCAUAGACUAUUAGCGUAGCAGUGCAGUUUAUACUGUACUGCAUGUUGCAAAAUUAAUAUUACUAUUGUGAUGCCUAAUUACCAUGGUAAUUAGGAAUGUCCAGUCAAUGACAAUUAUGGUUAAUAGGCCUAGUCAUUCUACAGAUUCAAAUUUGGCCUACAAACUUACAUCUUAACUUACAUCAAAUGCUUUAUGACAGUAUCAUCUCCCAUAGUGGUGCCAUUCCAAACAUAAAAACCGGGAAAAUAUUAAAAAGAGAAAGGGCCCAAUUUAAUCAGAUCCGCUUUAGCCGACAUUUGCAUAGCGGUUGUUUUGGCGAUGUCGGAGGUAGAACGACAUCAAAUCCACAAGCAGCUCCGUGCGGUAGGAUAUGGCGGAAAUUGCCAUUGGAUGGACUGAGUCGCAUUAGUAAUAAUCCCAUGCAGCCUCUACACCUCGAUUAGGCUGAUAUAGAUCCUUAUUUCAUUUAAUGAUUUUAAAUUUGAGUGUCAUUAUUUCGAGAGACUAUACAGCCUAACGUGAGUGGGAGGGGUGUGGCUUGACAGCUCUUAAUACAGUUACACCUCAGUCACCGUCGGGUGUCAGCUAUCGCCUGUUCAUGCUUGAGCUGACUGAAUCCCGGCCUGAGAGCUCCUUUGAAUCAGAUCCGCUUUAGCCAACAUCCGCAUAGCAUUUAUUUUCGCUGCUGUCAAAUAAAGAAGUGGAUCCCAGCAUUACUCCUAAAGCGGACAUCGCCAUUUGCUGCACAGAGUCGCUUUAACAGAAAUCCCAUAUGCAUCUGUUUACAAGUUAGAACACUGGAAUGUGAGAUGUAAUCUACACCUCGAAUACAAUUAUAAAAAUCCUCAUUAUUUAGUUUAAUGAUUUUUCAAUUUGAGCGUAAUCAAUUCUAUAUAACCUACACAUUCUCGUUCUGCACUUCUAACAUGAGUGGGGCGGGUGUGGCUUCAUGACAAUGAUUGCAAGAGCAGUUGCUCACCGAUUUAUGGCUCCAAUGCAGUUCCACCUCUAACGCCGCCAAAACAUCCACUAUGCAGAUGUCUGCUAUUGCCGGUUAACACUUGAUCUGAUUGAACAUAUGUCGUAGUUAGUUUAAAGUCAUCAUUUUUAUUUAGAAUACUUUUGCCUAGUGAGCUUUGCAACCCAAAGGACACUUACCUUAUUGGCUAGUAAGGGAAGGGACCUAAUGUCUCCUCCUGCCACACGAGGAGUGUUCUCUACGCCUCCUGCGGACUGGGUGAGAAGUGGAUUGUCUUUGUCUGUUCAUGAUUAUUGUUAUACCCACUGAGUAGCUGGACCCGUGCUUUUAUAGGCUUUGCCUUGGGAGUGAAAUGACUUCAUAAUGGCAUUGACAUGAUGCAAUAGCAACAGUGCCAUUCCAAACACAAGAAUCUGGCAAAUAAAAAUACAAACACGCUUCUUUUGAGACUAAAAUUCAGAAAAUCAGCCAAAUAAUUUUGGAGUAGACCCUCCCGCAGCUUAGAACGCUUAGUGUAUUAUAAUAUAGAUAGGGCGGCUUGGUCCAAAAUAAACACGUCUACUUUAAACAGCUGGACGAAAAACACAUAGCAAUACAAACUCAAAGAUCUCCAGCUUGGACGGUGCUUCAUUAUUUCCCUCUACCAGCAAAGUUCUCGUAAAGUUCCUGCAAGGUUACUUUAACAUUAAAGCGACACCCCACAGCAUUUCACUGGAACUCCGCGGGCGGCAGCUCCACCCAAAGAUUUGCAGGAGCCUUACUCAGUGCCUUGUUGUAUAUUAUGUACACAUGUUCUUUUUCAAUUUAUUUGGUUUCAAACGUCUAUAAAUCUUUGAAUUUUCUCUCACUGAACUAUGACCACAAAGCAAUAUAUGAGAUAACCAUGUUAUUUUUCUCCCGAAGUCAAUUUCAAAGCUUACAUUUACAGUGAAAGUAUAACAUCAGUAUACAAUACUGGUCUCGUCGGUGUAUCUUUUCUUUCAUUUGUAUUAGCUGUGUUAUGUAUUAAAGGAUGAUUCUAGCAAUAAAUGAAUACCUAUUUA